GGCGGGAGGCUAAGCUCCGCCCACGGUCAUCUGUUUCUGUCUAAAAAGAUGGCGGCGCAAACAGACCGCGGCGUGCCUCUCAGCACGCUUUCGCCAAAGUUCCUGCACACCAACUCCACCAGCCACACCUGGCCCUUCAGCGCCAUAGCUGAGCUCAUUGACAAUGCCUAUGACCCAGAUGUUAGUGCCAAGCAGUUCUGGAUUGAUAAAACUGUGGUUAAAGGAGAGGUAUGCCUCAGCUUCAUGGAUAAUGGAAAUGGCCUCAACCAUGAAACUAUGCACAAGAUGCUCAGCUUUGGGUACAGUGACAAGAUUGCAGUAAAUGGACUGGAGCCUAUUGGUAUCUAUGGCAACGGCUUCAAGUCCGGAUCCAUGCGACUCGGCAAAGAUGCGAUUGUCUUCUCCAAGUCAAAGAGCGCACCAUGCAUUGGGAUGCUUUCUCAGAGCUACUUGGAGAAGAUUGGAGCCAAGCAAAUUAUUGUACCGAUCAUUUCUUUUGAAAAUAGAAGGUCAAACAAUUUCUUUGUAAAAGAAGAACACGAAGCAAGUCUGAGGGACAUCCUGCAAUAUUCUCUUUUUAAGACUAAAGAGGAGCUUCUCGCUGAGAUUGAUGCCAUCAGUUCAUCCUCAGCUAAAACAGGCACCCGGAUCAUCAUCUGGAAUCUCCGCAGGACCUCUACAGCAUCAACAGAGUUUGAUUUUGACACAGAUCGGUAUAAUAUCCGUAUUCCCUUAGAGGUCUAUGAAAAAUUAGGCGAUCCGUCUCAGCCUUCAAACAGCACUACAUACGUUCCAGAGAGCGUCUUUUCCCUGCGGGCGUACUGCAGCAUUCUAUACUUGAAGCCACGCAUGCAGGUCAUAGUACGGGGUCAAAAGGUGAAAUCUCAGCUGAUCGCUAAGAGCCUUGCCUACAUCAGGAAGGACCACUACAAGCCCACUUUUCUGGAAAAACGUAUUACUAUCACCUUUGGAUAUAACACCAAAAGUAAAGACCAGUAUGGGAUUAUGAUGUAUCACAAGAACCGGCUCAUCAAAGCCUACGAACGCGUGGGCUGCCAGCUUAAGGCCAACAACAAAGGUGUUGGAGUCAUUGGGGUCAUCGAAUGUAACUUCCUGGAUCCUACCCACAACAAACAGAGCUUCAUCGAGACUGAUAAGUACAGAAAAACCAUAUACAAUUUGGGUCUUAAACUGGAGGAGUACUGGAAUGAGAUCCGUUACAGCAAGACCAAAGAAGACCCAAAUAGCACCAUACCGGUGGAGGAUACCAUGAAGCGACCGGAUCAGAACUGGGCGCAGUGCGAUGAGUGUUUGCGCUGGCGCAAACUCCCGGAUGGGAUCGAUAUCAACAAGCUGCCAGAUAAAUGGUUCUGUUAUUUGAAUCCCGACCCACAGUUCAGGAGCUGCAAGGUAGAAGAAGAGCCAGAGGACUCUGAUGAUGAUCAGCCAUCAUACCGGAAGACCUACAAACAACAAGAGCGGGAGAACAAGAAGAAACAAGAACAGAAACUGCAGCAGGUUGAUAUAAGGAAUCAAGAAGAGCAACAUUUGGAUUUGGAUAAAGAGAAUGAAAUUUUAAAACGGCAGCACAACAAGCUGACCCGGCAGCUCCACCAAGCGUCCCCCACUACCCCGAAGUCACUACACGGUGGUGCAGCUAGGGCUGGAUCCACUCUGCCGAGCUACUCGAACAUUUCACAAUCAGACGGCAGCCCCUCCAGUAACAGAGGUCUUCCAGUGAUCACCAACGUGUGCUCGCUCUCAGUAGAGACCCAGAGGGGGAAAAGAGGCCAGGUUGUAACUCCACAUAGCACGCCAAAAAGACCCAGGAUGAACGGUCUCCAACUGACCGCCUCUGACACGCCCCCGGCAGGAAACGCGAGCCCUCUAUCUGUGUCCACUGAUAGCACCGAGGAUACUGAUGAUGACGACCUUGUCAUCUUGGAAACUGAAAGUACGCCCAAGCCCCUAAAGCCUGCUGGUAAUUUACAAAAAAUCAAGCAAGAGAAAGGGGAUGGUGUAAAUCCAAUCACCAUGCUGCUAGAGUGCAGCGACGAUGCUGCUGUGGAUGAGACCCCAGAGGCAAAAGCUGAAGGGGAGGCUUCAGAUGCCGAAACCUGUCCAGCUCCAGGAGUGGCCAGCGCCACUACCCAGACGACUGCUUCUGAAGUGAAGCAGGAGGAGGCGAGUCAGAAUCCGACUAAAGGGUUAGACAAUGCUGCUAGUAAGAAAGUUCCCAAUCAGAAUCUGCUCAAAGACAGAAAAGUUAAGGAGGAGAGCGGUGGAGAGGGUGACAACCAAGGAGAGCAGGCCUUGAGCAACGGAGUUGCUCAUAUGGAAAGUGAUGAAGGCGCUGGUCCUUCUUCUUCUCUUCAGCAGUACUCUAAUAUCAGUGAAGUGCAGAAACAACAAGAUAAGCUCCUGGAGCUCAUGCAGGAUACUGCUCUGGAGAGAGAUCGCUUAAACGAGCAGGUUACAAAGCUCACCUCCAAGCUGCAGGACAUGCAGAGCAGACUGCAGGAACGGUCUCAAGCCAACAUAAAGAAGGAGUGCUCACACCAAGCCUGCCAGACAGAGAGUCAAAGGGACUACAAGUAUCUCUUUGAGAGGGCCAGACAGAAAAUCAAUGACUUAAUAAAGGGCAAAGAGGCUUUACCAGCAGCUACCGAGAGCGAAACCAAUCUCAGUAGUGGCCAGGAUGAGGAAAAGGACAUUGAGGAGAUUUCGCUUCAAGUCGGCAGUCUGGUCUGUGAACUAGAUCAGAGGAAUAAGGAGAGAGAUGAACUGCGCUUGCAGCUGCUUAAUCUGGAGGUGGAGAAGUCAAACUUGGCAGCCCAGUGUGAGGAGCUCAAGUUGAGCUUGCAGCAGCAAAGAGAAAAUGCACAAUCUCCUGCAGCGUCCUCCACCUCUCUCACAAACUCGGACACCUUCAGAAGCUUGAUCGAGCUCCGUCAGAACGUCGGCCGCCUCCUUGUCUCCCAUCUGCCUGAGCUGGACCUGGCGCAGGUGAAUUUUGAAUGCAACGUCAUCGAUGAGAUCCUAGAGCAAGUUCUCAGUGGCAUAGACUCAAAAUGACUGGGUUGAAAUGCUGCGUAUAUACGACCUAGAAAAUCACCUUCGCAGAGUUUGACCCUCGAUUUGUAGCAAUCCAGGUCCAUGUUUCAUAAAGCCGAUCGGUUGGAUCCUAAUCUUUUGGACUUGUGAAGAACUUGUUCAGGGAGUCUAAUGAAUGUCUGAGAUUUAACUUGUAUUUAAUUUAAUUUGUACACAUUUACAGGCUUUAUUGUAAACGCCAGUCCUUUUUUUUUUUUUUUUUUGAGGGCUUCUAGGCUUCAGGCCUGUUCGAACUAAUCAGCUGAUUGCUCCUAAAGAAUCAAUGCAGUGUUUGUUCUGAUAGGUUCUUCCUAAAUAAUGAGAUGCUAGCCUCGUUCUUGUGCCUCGCACAGAUAAAUUAAGCCCAUCCUUGUCGUUGAUGGAGCCUUUUAAUAAUAGUCUAGGUUUUCUCUUUUAUGAUCUAAUAAAUUCACUUUGUUAUUCCUGCUUCCAAGUCUCUAACUUGUCUAGAAUCUGAGCAUCUUUUGUUGUUAGCUGUUCCUCUGUAAAUCCUUCCAGAUUCUCCUGCUUAAACCUACACAAUGUGAAUCCUAACUUGUCUGAAGCUCGGGGUGAAGGUUCCAGGGGGAUUUGUGAGCUUUUACUGUAUUUCAUCAUCUUUUAAAUUAAACGAUAUUGAGGUAUUUACACUUUGAUUUGAAGUGAACUAAACCACUUCUUGUUCGUCUCAUGUUUAGUUUUUCCUUCCCACCUACAUGUCCCACUAAUAAGUCGCGGUUUUGUUUUAAAACUGUAUAUAUUGUGUUAAAUCUAUUUUUAUACUCUCAUUUUAUGUUCUGUGUGAAUCAUUUUUACUCUUUAAUGCUUCUGUUAGGAGAAUAAGUCUUACAGUAAAUGUCUGAAUGUUGCAGCCUGAGCAGAAACGGCAGCUCUAUGGUUGGUUGUGCUCGAACUGCAACUGGGAGCAAUGAUGGACUGAAUCUUGUUUAUUUGUAAGUAAAUGGGUUUUCAUAACA